AUGAAGUUGGUGCUCGCAGCCGCUCUUGGCGCUGCCUUUGCCAGCAAGUUAAGGCUUGGGUCUGAACGCACGGCAGAGAUCGAAGGCGUGAGCCUGGAGACUGCGUACGCAGCAUUCUUGGAGCGUCAUGGUGUGCAGCGCGUGGGCGACAUGGUCUCGAGAUCAGAGCGGAUGGCAGCAUUUGCUCGAAGCCAUGCGAAGGUCGCCGAACACAACAAGAGAUCUGAUCGUACAUGGACCGCUACCCUCAACCGUUUCUCAGACCAGACACAUGAAGAGUUCAGCCGAGUUCUGGGAUAUCGCAGACUGGGUUCGUGGUGGAACCGCACUUCCACCUCCCUUGUGCAGACUGGCGUUGCGCAGGAGAGCUUCGCUCAAUCCCUGGACUGGGCUUCGAAGACGCGGUCGGGAAAGUACUUCAUCGACCAAGGGGCCUGUGGAUCCUGCUGGGCCGUCGCGGCAACUGGAGCCCUGGAGAUGAGGGCUGAGAUUGCCCACAAGAAAGCCCCAAGCAUGCUGUCCUACAAAGAGCUGGUGGACUGCGUGGAGAACCCACAGCAUUGUGGCGGAGAUGGUGGCUGCGGGGGGGCCACCGGAGAGCUGGCCUUCGAGUACAUCUCCAUGCAUGGCCUUUCCGCAAGUUCAUCCUACUCUGGUGACCGUGAGUCGACGGAGCAAUGCAAGACGGGCUCUCGAUCAGCAGUUGUCAAAGCCAGCAGCUUCGUCAAGCUACCCGUGAACAAGCUCUCACCACUCAUGAUGGCGAUUCAGCAUGGGCCCGUCGUCGUGUCGGUGGAUGGAGGGCCUUGGGGAAGCUACGAGUCUGGAGUGUUCGACGGCUGUGGAAGGGAUGCUACCGUCAACCAUGCUGUCCUUCUGGUGGGGUAUGGUCGUGAUGAGACAGUGAAGAAGGAUUACUGGUUGGUUCGCAACUCAUGGGGAGAGUGGUGGGGCGAGAAUGGCUUCAUCAGGGUUCUGAGGCAUUCCUCAGAUGAGGGAGCUGCCGGAUACUGCGGGACUGACUUCGAUCCAAAGCAAGGUGUUGGAUGUGAUGGAGGACCAUCUACUUUGCCGGUUUGCGGCAUGUGCGGAAUCUUGUCAGACUCCGUGUACCCUGAUGGAGUAAGCUCCUUCUGA